CUGGCCCCCGGGGGCCACCGCACUGCCGGGCCAUAAAUAGGGGCUCGACGGGAUCUGCGGCACUGCGGGACUGACUGCCCCAUCGGCUCGGCUCCAUCGGCUCGGCUCGGCUCGGCUCUGUUCUGUUCGGUCGGUUCGGUUCGGCAGGACAUGCACUCCACGCUGCUCAGCGUUCUGGGGCUGACGCUCCUCGGGGCACUGCAGGCUCUGGGUGACAUCCCCGUGCAAAGCGACUUCCAGCAGGACAAGUUCACAGGGAGAUGGUACACGGUUGGCCUGGCCUCCAACUCCAACUGGUUCAAGGAGAAGAAGCACCUGAUGAAGCUGUGCACCACAGACAUCUCUGCCACUGCUGAUGGGAACCUGGAAGUCACCUCCACUUACCCCAAGGGUGAUGAGUGUGUGAAAAGGAACAGCCUUUACACCAAGAUGGAACAGCCGGGGCAAUUCAGCUACACCAGCUCCCGCUGGGGCAGCCAGCAUGACAUCCGUGUAGUGGAGACCAACUACAAGGAGUAUGCCUUGGUGGCCUCCCAGAUCACUAAGAACACUGGCUCUUCCACCAUGGUGCUGCUCUACAGCCGGACCAAGGAGCUGAGUCCUGAGCGCCUGGAGAGGUUCACCCAGUUCUCCAAGGAGCAGGGUCUGACAGAUGAAGAGAUCCUCAUCCUGCCCUAUACAGACAAAUGCAUGGCAGAUGAUGCCUAGAAAGAUCCACCAGAUGCUGCUGGCCGGAGCCCCAGGAACACCGGGAGCUGGUGGCUGCUCCAUCCCAUCCCAUCCCAUCCCAUCCCAUCCCAUCCCAUCUCAUCCCAACCCAUCCCACCCCACCCCACCCCACACCCAGCACUGCAACCUUUGCUCCCUGGCUUUGCUCCCCACACCUGUACUCCACUCCCCAUUAAAGCCUGUAUAAAACAAA